AUGGCCAUGAUGAACACCAGAAAGUUAUUUCAAAUAGUAACAAACCAAUCUGCAGAUUGUAUCUAUGUUUGUGAUUCAACAUGUCCUUAUGCUUGUUAUCCAUAUGUAGAUUUAGAUUAUUACAUACCUCCACCACCACCUCCGCCGUCGUCUUGGCUGCAGCCUCAGUUAAGUAGCAAACAUCAUCAGAACAUAUCACCUUAUGUGAUAAUAUCUGUUGCCUUGUUUGCUAGCUUCUUCAUUCUUGUCAGCUACUAUUUGAUCAUUGUCAAGAAUUGCUUCAACUGGAACAGGAGAAGAACCCCACCAGCACAAGAUGAUGAACUUUUCGACGAAAAUCGAGCUCCUGUUAUUGAUCAUCCCAUUUGGUACAUCAACACUGUGGGUCUUCAGCCAUCUGUUAUUGAUAAGAUCACAAUUUUCAAGUAUAAAACAGGGAAUGGUUUGGUUGAAGGAUCAAAUUGCUCUGUUUGCUUAAAUGAAUUUCAAGAAGAAGAGUCUCUUAGAUUACUCCCAAAUUGUAAACAUGCCUUUCACAUCUAUUGCAUAGAUACAUGGCUAAGAUCACACACAAAUUGCCCUUUGUGUCGUUCAGGCAUUUUAUCGAACAGUUUGAAUGCACCUGCUUCGGUUCCAAUCGAGUUGAAUUUAGGUGCUCAUUAUGAAGAAAGGGUACUGGAAGAUGAUGAACAGAGAGAAGUGAAUAGUAACAAUGAGGUAGUGAUUGGUGAGAAUGGGGUCAAUCAACAAGAGUUUUUGCAAGUUGAGAGAGGUUGUAGAGAUGGGGAAGUAGAGUCAAUUAGGAGAUCAGUUUCAGUGGAUUCAUCAAUUAGUUCAAGUAGAGGUCUUGAUAGUAUGUUUCUGUUGUCAGGAGGAGAAGCUGUUGGUGAAAAUUCAAGAUCAACUCUGCAUAAAGAAGAGAUGAAGAGAUCAUUUUCUUAUGGGGGUAGGUCGUUUUUCUCAAGACAUAAUCGCAGUCGAAGUUCAGUGCUUCCAUUGUGA